AAUAUCUAAUAUUCUGCAUUUUGAAAUGCAAUGUUCUUAAGAUGAGAAACCAUAGUAUUUUUAACUGUCACUUUAGCGUAAACUGUUUGAAACGUGGGAACGCAAACAUCUACUUAAAAGUAUCGAAUUCAUUAUUAAAACGGUUUUCAUAGAAGUAUCUUACAAUGCCACUUUCGUGCCGAUUCUAUUCUCAAAAAUAUCCUGAAGUAGAAGAUGUUGUUAUGGUAAAAGUUCGCUCUAUAGCUGAAAUGGGUGCUUAUGUCUCCCUGCUGGAAUAUAAUAAUAUAGAAGGAAUGAUUCUGCUUUCUGAACUCUCUAGGCGUCGUAUUCGUUCCAUAAAUAAACUUAUUCGUGUAGGUAGAGAUGAAUGUGUUGUUGUUAUCCGAGUGGAUAAAGAGAAAGGGUAUAUUGAUCUGUCUAAAAGAAGAGUAUCUCCUGAAGAUAUUGAGAAGUGUGAAGAAAAAUUUGCAAAAGCUAGAGCUGUCAAUAGUAUCCUACGCCAUGUGGCUGAAAUAUUAAAAUAUGAAACAGAUGAUGAACUUGAAGAAUUGUACAGAAAGACAGCUUGGUAUUUUGAUGAAAAAUGUAAAAAGCAAGCUAGUUCUUAUGAUAUAUUUAAACAUGCUGUCAAUGAUCCCACUAUUUUGGAUGAAUGUGGCCUAGAUCCUCAGACAAAAGAAACCUUAUUAUCUAAUAUAAAGCGAAGAUUGACGCCCCAAGCUGUAAGAAUACGUGCAGAUAUAGAAGUUGCUUGUUAUGGCUAUGAAGGAAUAGAUGCUGUAAAGAAUGCUCUAAGAGCUGGGAUAAAUUGCUCGACUGAAGAAAUGCCUAUUAAAAUAAAUUUAAUAGCUCCACCUUUAUAUGUGUGUACGACUACAACUAUGGAGAAAGCUGAUGGAUUAAAAGCAUUACAAGAUGCAAUAAAUAAAAUUGAAACUAUGAUUAAAGCUUCAGAUGGAGUUUUUAAUAUCCUUACAGCUCCUAAAGUUGUUACAGAUCUGGAUGAAGCUGAACUUGCAAGACAGUUUGAUAAACUUGAAAUGGAAAAUGCAGAAGUAUCAGGUGAUAGUGACAUUGAUGCUGAGGAAUCAGAUGAGGAUAAAAAAGCAGAUGCUGAAUGAUAUAUAUAUCAUAAUAUAUUAAAAGGCAUUUGGAGAAAUUGUUUAAAGCAUGAAAUCCAUAAAUGGCUGGUUUUAAGGCCUUGGAUUACAGCAGAAAAAAACAAUCUGAACAAUUGUAAACAUAAUGUAAAAUAAAUUAUUUUUAAAUAAAUAUUAUAUGAUACAAGAUAAAAA